CAUCCCGUUCCAUUCCACCUCGCCGACCAAUUCCGCACCCAUCGUCUCGGCCUUCGGCUUGCCAGCAUCUGAAGGCUAGGUUUUCCGCACCUAGUCCGCUCCUCCCCUCACCCAUGGUGCUGUACUAUAGAUGGGGGUACGGGAGCCCCCGUUUCCUGGAGGUCGCCCAGGGUUUCCACCCGCGCGGGAUCCCCUGGUCCGAGGCGAGAGGGGGAGGCGGCUACGCUGUGAAGAACGUCAAGCGCUACCUCGCGAAGAUGGACAAGGCGGUGGACUACGACUACUACUACGACGAUGAACUCCGCUACACCCGCUUCAAGUCCCCCUUCGACCGCCGCCCCCUCGUUGGCCGCCGCACACGCCACAGGAAGAACGAGGGGAAGCGCACCCUCCGCCUCGUCGGGAGCAGCAGCGCGGACUACAUGCAGCAAUGUGAGGAGGCUGCAUUUGGUGAUUUCGACAGCGAUGAUGACUGGGAGGACGAGGUGUAGGAGGGCAGUAAGCACACCAACCGAUUCAGCAAGUGAAGAGUAAUACAGUUCGUGGGUAAUCUUUUGGCUUUGGGCAUUGGAUUAGUUUAGCUGCACAUCUGCAUAGUGCAUAGCACUAGAACACCUUUUACAAUUCUGCAAUCUCUGCAAAGCAAGGAAGGCAUCGGCCUGUAAUAAUGUUUGCUCUCUCCAAUUCUGCACUACAAAUGCUCUUGUGAAUUGUGAUGUCAGAUUUUUCUCUAACGCUUCCAGUGAAAAAGAGACCUUUUGAGACUGUUUCUAAAUUUUAUGUGCUGUUAGCCUA